UACACCGAUUAGUGAGGUCUGUUGUCAAGCCGAAGUGACGCGUUCACCAUGGUUUCAACUCACUGCGCAUGCGGUCUAGACAGUUAUCACUAUGGCGUCGCGUAUACAAACGUGUAAUGUUGUUUUUAGAGUAUUAAGAGCUUGAAAUCUCCAAACAACGAGGAAAACAUGCACAGUGAUAAGAAAUUAACUAAGGAAGACACGUGGAGACCUGCUGAGCUGAGAAGACACCUCAGGGAAAAAGACUAUGGUGACGGCUAUUCAAGACGGAGAGAAGACAAUGAGAGAAAGCAUCGUGGUGCAGAGUCCGUAGAGAGACAGCACAGAGAUCCAGAGGAGUCCAGACGAGAUAGAGACGAGCUCAAGGAAAGAGAGAGACGACGUGGAGACAGUAGAGACAGACAUGCCGAGCGAAGGAAGGACGGAUCUCGUGACAGGAGAGGUGACAAAGACAGGGAGAGACGAGAUGACUACGACAGGAGAAAACAGGUAGUUGAUGGUAGAGAUAUCAGGGACAGACACAAACAUAAGGAGAAAGAGGAACUAAAAGUAAGGGAGGAGGUCAGGGACAAAAGGAGAGAAGAAAGAGGAAAGGAAAGAAGAAGAGAAGAACUGGAAAGGGAGCACAGGAGAGAGAGAAGGCGGCAUGAUGAAAGGGGUGAAGUAGGUAGAGAUCAGACAGAAAAACUGCACAGAGAGCUGAGGGACAGAGGCGAAUAUGAAGACAAACGGAGAGACAAAGAUGUUCAAGAAGAAAGAAGGCGUUCAGAGCGGACAGAAGAUGGAGCACGUAAAGAAGACCACAGACGACGCAAAGAGGAAGGAGAAAGAAGACACAAGGAGAGAAGACAUCAUGAGGAGAAACGGAAACACAAAAGUGAAUCCAAGGAACGUCAAAACUUGAAAAAAUCUGACAGUGAUGUGUGGAGCUCCCAUGGUGACAGGGAUCAAAUGUUAAGGGACAAGCACAAAGAAAGACAUAAAAAAGAGAAGGACAGUGCAGAUGGAAGGCAUACAGACAGACGACACAGGGAGGCAGAGGAAGCGGACGUAGAGAAAAGCAGUUCCAAGAAAUCCUCAUCGGACAAAAGGAAGGAAGAGAAAAAGGAUGAGAAAGAGCGGCAGCAGACAGCAGACGGACAACAAGGAGAGGACCAUAUAGAAAAUGCAGACUUGGCAGAGCAAGCAUAUGAAGAGGAUUUUGAGGAUUAUGAAGAGGAUUUUGAAGACGUGGAUGAGAGUGCUGAUGAAGGUGAGGAUGAUGAUGGAGAAGCGGAGCAGACUACAGAACAAAGUAAAGAGAUCGAGGCGAUCCGGAGAGCCAUGGCUGAGGAGAACGAGAGGGUCGGAACGGCUCAGUCCAGGAGUAGUACGGCCAGAGAGGAGGAGCAGAACAGACCCAAAUGGUCCAAAGGCUCUGAAAGGAAUGAGAGUAAAACUUCUCGGCAUGGCAAAUUUAUCAACUUUGUGGCUGCAAAGCAACGUGAAAUCAGCAAGAAAGUUGCCACAAAGCAGAAGAAGCGAAGUACAGAGCUGCUUCGUUUAAUCGAUCUGGACUUUUCCAUGACGUUCUCCCUCCUGGACAUCCCUCCUGUCAGUGAAUAUGAAAUGUAUAUAAAGAGCUUUGGAAAUGCCAACACCAAGCAGGCUUACGUUCAGUGUAAUGAGGAUAACACAGACCGAUACGUCCAGACAGAGGAAGUAGAAAUAUGUGAAAAGUGGACUCAGCAUCCCCCUGAAUACAAUGGAGCUUGUGGAGAUCCAAACUUCUCUCAGGACGCACAAGACAAAAGCAGGAUUGACAUCCUUCUCGAUUCACAAUGUCUGAUGUCGUUUCUGAGCUCAGCCUCACAGGUCAUGGUGGUGCUACUGGAGGAAGAUCAGGCAGAGAAGAAAUCCCUGAGAAAGCUGAAGACUCAAACAGAUUCGCUUUCUUUCAGCGAUGGAAGUUUGCAACUCAACACUAAGUUCCCUUUUCUUUUAGGUCGACAGAUUAGUUUGGUGCAGUUCUCUGAGGUUCAGAAGCACAUCAUGCUGUCUGUCCACAUGCCCACAUCCAAAGCCAGCACUGUCGGCCUCGACAGCUGCACCGUCAUCUGUGUGUGGAACAUCUGGGAGCCAUCCAGACCUCAGAAGAUACUCAUCUAUGAAUCAGAGGUCCAGUGUUGCUGCUUCAGCCCAGGAAAGUCCACUCUGGUGUUUGCAGGAACACUGGUUGGCUCUGUGGUGGUGUGGGACCUGAGGGAGUAUGCCAGCAACCAUUACAGAUUAAAGAUGGGUGAUUAUGAGUGGACCUUCAGACAUCCCACCUUUUCCACCGACGCAGUGAUGUCCGGCUCAGGCCAUGUUUCGCCUAUCACCUCCAUAGAGGUCGUUCCCUCUUUUGUUGCUGGAGGACCGAGACCAGAGGUCCCACUUUUAGCCUCUGAGGAAGAAUCAUCAGGAUUGUCGUUCCAACUUGCCUCCUUGGAUGAAAGCGGGAUUUUAAAUUUCUGGGUGGUGGUGGAGCUCCCUAAAGGCAACGAGGCAGGCUCGCCAACAGAUUUAGGUCUCCGUCCCGGGGGAAGAGUGAAGCUGCUUCACAGUUCCUCCCUCCUCACUGUUCCGAGGCCGUCACUAAAAGAGGCAGCAAAAACAAGGCCAUUUCAGACGCUGCUUUUAAAAUACCAUCCAACAGACUCCAAUCAUUUCUUUAUUGGCACCAACCUGGGUCUGGUCAGACAUGGAACAAGUCACGGUUUGAAGGCUCCUCCACAGUUUUACAAGUCCCAGGAGGUGGAAGAAAGAACUGUUGACAUCAACUCAAUCCACUUUUCUCCUUUCAGACCAAAUCUCUUCCUGGUGGGCUGUGCAGAUGGCAGCAUCAGGGUGCAUGCAGUCAGCCACGAUCAGCCUGUGGCAGAAUGGAUGAACAGCACCAGUGGAGAAGCGGUGAUCUCGCUGCAGUGGACCCAGACCAGGCCUGCUGUGUUUUGUGUCCUCGACGCAGCGUCUAACCUUCACAUAUGGGACAUGUUGAAAGAUGAUGGACAGCCUGUUAAGACAGAGACAUUUUGUGCUGAUAGGGUAACAGCUAUGGCUGUGUUUGGAGACUCAGGACAACAAAACACAUACUCAGGAAUUGCGCUGGCACACGAGUCAGGAAACAUAGAGCUGCAAUAUUUCACUCAACCUUUGACGUUGCCCAACCCUGCAGAGGAGGGAAAGUUGGAGAGCUUAAUGACUGAAGCCUUUUGAAACCCUCCAUCUUGACUUUAUACUGAUACCGACUCACUUUAGUGUUACUUUAAAGGUUCAAUUCAUUUGAAAACACAGAAGGAGCAAGUUCAACUAAUACAACUUCUAUAGACAUCAUCCUAUAUACUUUGCUGUUUCUUUAUUUUGUAGUUUAAUGCGAAAUUGAACAAACAUGGGGUGAACAUGGCCAUGAGGGGAAAGUUGUUAAUUCGUCGAUUGUCCUUACUUUAAAAAGAAUAUUGUACACGUUUGUGGAUAUAUGAAAAUAUUUAUACUUUCUGGCUAUAAA